AAAUCUUACUCAUACUUUUAAUAAAAUCACGAACUCAGUUCAAUAACAAUCUCAUGUUACAACUAUGUUUCUUAUUGCAGCGGCUAUAUGUCUCCAGAAUAUGCAAUGGAAGGACAAUAUUCAACAAAAUCUGAUGUUUUCAGUUUUGGGAUUUUGUUGAUAGAGAUUAUUUGUGGAAAAAGAAAUACAGAUCACGAUAAAGAAAGAUCAUCUGUAAAUUUGAUUGGACAUGUGUGGGAGAUGUGGAGAGAAGAAAAAUCCUUGGACAUAGUGGAUCCAAUACUUGGUGAAGCAUAUCCAAUUGACUUAGCCCGAAGAUGUAUACAUAUUGGGCUGUUGUGUGUGCAAGAAAAUGCCUCCUAUAGGCCUUCCAUGUCAGAAGUAAUCUACAUGCUUGGCAAUGAAGUGUCCCUCCCCUCACCUCGAAGACCUGCAUUCCUAUUCAAUUCUAAUGCAGAGCUUUCAGAAUCUUCAACAUCUAAAGAUCCUUCUGUAAACGAAAUUACUGGUACGACAAUCAGUGCUAGAUAAACAUGGCAUGUGACAGGGAAGCAUUUUAUGAUCCUAGGUCUUGCUAUACUUA